UAUCAGUAUUGCAGUUUUAAACUUUCAUAGCAGUUUUGCUGUGAAUAACACAAUUAAGAAAGUGAUGUCUUAAAUAGUGUUGAUUACAAAUUUAAAACGGAAAACACUUUUAAAAGGUAUGUGCAUUUAUAGCAGAUGUAAGAACUCUAAACAUCUUUAUUCUAUUGAAGACAUAGUUUUGAUGUUUUGAAAAAUGAAUUUAUGAAAUAAAUCAUCUAAAUAGAGAUUUUAAUCAAACGUGUCUUUAAGUGUAAAGAGUUAAGUUUACGAUUUCCACAUAUGAAAACCUUAUUUUGCAUUCCAGGAGAUAUGCGCUUCAUCAGAAAUUCCUGGGCACGUUGUAAAAACUUGUCCAUACUUAUCGUAUCCUGUACACUUAUGAUUCGGGUUUUAUCAAUCGGUUACGUUAUUGGUAGUUUCUUGAUAAGGUUUCAAGAUCCUUUCCUAGGAUACACCGGGAUCAACCUUCUCAAUUGGUGCAACCUGGGAGUUUUCCCUCUGGGGUCUUUUAUGAACGCCCUAUUAUUCUCUCUGAUACCUGCAUUUAUAGUCAAUCUUUUCAAUUCUGCGAUCAUACACAUCGGCAUUUACAAGAGACGGAAAAGUUUCUUACAAAUAAGCACAACUAUAAGCCUAUUAAUCCUGAUAUGGUAUGUGGUGUUGAUCGGGCUGUGGUCAUGGCUUGUUGGUGAGGUGUAUUAUGGUAUUAAAAGGUCCUUCGUAAGCGUGUAUUCACGUGACCCAGAUAACUGGAACAACCACUGGAAACGUUUAAAAUGUUGUGGCGCUGACAACAGAAUAGCCAGCGGAAAUUUUGGAUGUGACCUAGUUUCUGCUGAUGCAUGCUUUGAUGUUUUUUCGAACACAAUUAAUACAUACGGAAGCUCAUUUAUAUCAGUUCUCGUUAUCAACUGUUUGGCAGAGAUCAUUAUGAUAGUAGGAAUCAGUUCUCUUCACGGGUUUUACGCAGUUCUCUUCAAAUCUACAUCAGCAAAAAAUAUGGAUUCGAAGGAAAUACACAAACUAAAGAAUUCGGCGAUUGGUUCUGGGUGUCUGUCUCUAAAAGAAAAGUGGACAAGAAACAAAAUGUCGACAUGUUUUGGAUAUACGACAGUGAUUUUUUUGGUAAUAGAUGGUACAAUGGCUAUAGCUAUUCUGCUAUUACGAUAUAACUAUUACGACAUUACGCUAACAGGCGAAUUCUAUCAAGCCAGUGGAGGAAACAAUAUGAACAUGGGUUACACAAAAGAUGCCUUGUUAAUUACAGCUAUAUGUGUUCUUUUAUGGUCGGUAUUAGCAAAAGCAAUGUAUUUUGGUGGAAUGUAUUUAAAUAAAAGGUGGAUGUUUGUUUUGCAUAUCGCUUUUGAAAUUACCGUAUUGCAGGUGGAAUGUAUCAUUUUUAUAUUUGCCGUUAUUUUAAUGAAAGCAAUGUAUUGUUGUUUAUGGAAAGAUACGUCAGGAUGUAGCGAAUAUACAUACUUUACAACUGUAUCUCCGAUCAUAGGUGUUUGUGAGUCUUGGGGAAAUGCUGCACGCUUUCUUUGGACCUCAACUUUAAUUUUAGUUGUCCACAUUGUGCUAAAGGUCUUAUUCAUAAUAGUAUCAGACAAAGUGUAUAAAAGGUCUUUUUCAACAACAAAAACAUCUCUACCGGAAUCGAAACUUUCCCAGAAUGGUUCUGUUGGUCUGUUCAAGGAAGCACUCUUGAAGACUAAAAGAUACCCGGCGGUUGCAACUGUUGUGGUUAUAUCGAUCGUCUUAUGUAUCGUUAACUCUGUGUACCUUUGUGGACUUCUCGUUGUCCGAUAUGGAUAUUCUUCAUAUCCCUUUAUAGAAGUAGCAGAUGCCUUGAAUGCUAUAAACCUCGGAUCUCUUAACAUGUCAACUAAUCGAGACAACGGAUUCAUAAUAUGUAUUGCUUCUCUUUCAUUUUCCUUUCUUCUCCAACUUGGAAAAUUCGUCUCUAUCACAUGGAAAUCACAUAAAUCGACAUUACUGAUUCUUUGGCUGGAACUUCUCGUAAUAAUUCUGCAGCUUGUUUGCCUUUCUUUGGUUGCUGUAUCAUUGAAACUGGUAUAUUGCUGUUUGGACAUGUCAAAUUGUGUCUUUACAUUUGAUAACCAGUUGUUGUGUGACAAUGAACAGAAUGUAUGGGGACGCUUUACACUACAGUCAUGGUUGAUGUUUGGAUUCAGUAUAUUGUGUACAGUUCUUCAGAUAUCGUCUAUUAUAUCCGGAUACAGAUAUUUCAAACAGUCUGAUGAUGGACAUUUGGGAAUUUUUAAAGGAAUUUCAGAACUCUUUAAAAAUAUUAUGCAUACGUUGUCAAAUAACAGAUACAUAAACGAGAAGAAGAUGCCUAACUACAAUAAAACUUACGCCUUUUAUUGCAUUUUAUCAACCACCAGUUUGGCAUUGGAAUUGGUAUUUGUCGUGAGUGUGUACGCGUACUACUUUACUGAGGGAGAUUCCAGUUAUUUACUUGAUGGCCUCAAUCGCUUCACAUACUAUCGCUAUUACAUGGGUUCAUUAUAUAAAGGUGUCAUCAUAACCACUCUUACCAUAAUUCCAUUAGCUGCAAGUCUUCGCAUAGCUGCCUUUAUUUGGUUUGGAUUCCGAAAAUCGAAGAUUCCGUUAUAUACGAUAGUGGUUUUCAUUUCAAUCUGGACACUCGGAGAAGUUACGGUGUUAAGUUAUGUGUCGUAUUUAUUACGAUUGGCCUACGGAUGCAUUGAUUCCGAUUCCUUUACGUUUUCCAACGUUUUCUGGAGACCAGAUCGGAACAAUGUGUGUGCCAGCUUUAAUCCCAAACUCUUUGUACAAUCUGGAUUGACUGUUGCCUAUCUUGUGACACACGUCAUCCUUGAUAUUUGCAUUCUUAUUACAUUAGAUGGCCUGCAUCCUUACAUUGUGGGAUACGAGGACGGAAGACGAUUUUCAGCUCGUUUAUUUUAUAAAAUAAUUACAGAACUGAAAAAGCAAACACACUUACAACGUUUCUACUUCGCCCUACUCAAUAUAUCUCUGGUUCUGAACUUCGCCUUUUGGAUAGGACUUAUACUGAUGGGGCUUAUUCCAGGGUAUAUUCACACCCCCACCGGGUUUCUUAACAUUAUCUCUAGGAUCGCAAUCUCGUUUGGAUCUAUUGAUAUGGAAAGUGCAGUUCUUGGAGUAAUGUAUUCAUUAAUAGCAGUUGUUCCUCUCUUUGGGGCAAACCAUGUCGUUGGAAUAAUUGCUUCCUUAAAACAAAAUGGAAUUAUGUUAUGGGUGUUUAUCAUCAGCUUACUUCUCUGCUGCAUCGCUGAUAUGGUGUAUCUAGCGUUUUCUAGCGAUAUAGUUAACUUCAGACUAUGUUUUUGUGAAAAAGGGACGCACUGCACCGAAUACAACUUAACAGCAAUAGAAAACGAACACCAAAACGUAUGUGGUGAUUUGUUUUCGAACUCAUCGAGUGUGUUACUAGCCUAUAUAGUGCUAACAUUGAUCGUACAUAUUAUAGGAUUGUGUUUGGGAAUAAAAUUUAUGAGAGAAAUCCGUAGAACAAGAGUUGGAAUUGAUGGAGAAGACAACAAUCUUUUAAAAGAAACACAUUUAGAACUUUCUAUCAACCAAGAACACGGCGGUGGUCCAAACCAAAGAAUAGGGGAACAUUUAAGCACUCAGAGCCAUGCAGAAAACCAGGGAAAUGCGUCAGGGUCUGAAAAUGCCGGGCCCACAAACGAAAGUAUCAAAGAUAUGUCUAGCAGUCAAAACAUACAAGAGAGUGAAGAAAGUGUGGCUGAGUAUGGAAAUACAGUGCCAUCAAACAAAAUGACCGAGGAUAAUUUAAGCAGUCUCAAUAUAACAGGAAGUAACCAAGCUGAAAAUACCGUGCAAAACGUCGAAACAAAAGUUCAAUAUGAAUCAAGUUCUGAAGUUUUAGAAAAUAACGAAUCUGUAAUUGAUAACUUAAAGGAAGAUGUUAACAAUACAGGACAAGAUCAGCGUUUGAUAAAGAAUUGAUUAGCAGCAAGAGGAAAUCACGGUUAUAUCAUGUAGCUUACAUACACUGAAACCAUUGGUGUAUGGACCCUUUUUAUCGCUACAUGCAAAACUACAAAUAUAUCUAUCGAAAACUUUGCAACAUUUAAUGAUCGAUUUGGAUGUCAUUGAGGAUUUGUCAUGUGUUUCAGAGCAAACUCUUACUGAAAUCAGUACUUUUUUCUUAUUUUUUUAGUAGUUCCUAUAGGCUUGAAAGUAUUUUAAUUGCGUUAGUUGGCAAAAUAUACAAUAAUUUUACCUUUAAGGUUUGUUCAUUUCAUUGGUGCAAAAUAUGAAUUGGUUUUUACAAUCUGGCUAUUUAUACUUUUAAUU